AUGGUGCUACCCCUUUCUCUUCUGAAAACUGCCCAAAAUCACCCGAUGCUCGUCGAGUUGAAAAAUGGAGAAACGUACAAUGGACACUUAAAGGCUUGUGACGCCUGGAUGAAUAUCCAUCUUGUCGAUGUCAUCUUCACAUCAAAGGACGGAGACAAAUUCUUCAAGAUGUCAGAGGCUUACGUUCGUGGCUCAACAAUCAAAUAUCUCCGAAUUCCAGAAACCGUCGUCGAUCUCGUGAAAACCGAAGUCAACGAAGUCCGUCGUCAACAACAACGCGAACAAUCUCGAGGACGUGGUGGUGGUAGAGGAGGACGUGGAGGACACCGCGGAGGUGGCGGAAACCGAGGCGGACGUGGAGGUGCUCGAUAA